AUGCGCCUCAGCGAGAAAACAACGACGAAAAAACGUUACUUCCAUCUCACUGAAGAGAAUCUGAAAGAGAACCCAAGCAUGUGUAAGUAUGGGGCCCCAUCCUUGGAUGCCCGCCAAGAAAUGGUGGUUCCUGAGGUACCUAAGCUUGGAAAAGAAGCAGCAUUGAAGGCAAUCAAAGAAUGGGGGCAACCCAUCUCAAAGAUCACACACCUUGUUUUCUGCACAUCUUCCGGCGUGGACAUGCCUGGGGCAGAUUAUCAGCUCACCAAGCUUCUUCGCCUCAAUCCAUCUGUCAACAGGUACAUGAUCUAUAAACAAAACUCCUAUGCGGGAGGGACUGCCCUUCGAAUAGCCAAGGAUCUUGCAGAGAACAAUGCUGGUGCACGUGUUCUUGUCGUGUGCUCAGAAAUCGUGGCCAUGUUUUUUCAUGGACCCUCGGAAAACCAUCUAGACAUUUUGAAAAGCCAAGCACUUUUUGCAGAUGGUGCAGCAUCUGUUAUUGUUGGGGCCAAUCUUGAUACCUCGAUUGAACAUCCACUGUUUGAACUAGUUUGGGCUAGCCAGGCGAUUGUCCCAAACACAGAAGGCGCAAGUGUUGGAUAUUUGCGUGAAAUGGGCGUCACAUUCCAUUUAUCUGAAACUUUGCCCUACGUGAUUGGUAGCAACAUCAAGAAUAGCAUGGCUACAACAUUUAGCUCAAUCGGCGAUGGCAUAAGUGAUUGGAACUCUUUGUUUUACGUUGUUCAUCCUGGAUUGGGGACAAUUCUAGAACAGAUCCAAGAAAAUCUGGGUUUAAAAGAGGACAAACUCAAAGCAAGUUGGCAUGUUCUAAGUGAGUAUGGGAACAUGUUGGGUCCAAGCGUGUUGUUUGUGCUUGAUGAGAUGAGGAAGAAAUCCAAGGAAGAAGGAAAGAAAACAACAGGAGAUGGGUUGGAGUGGGGAGUCUUGUUUGGGUUCGGUUCAGGUCUCACAGUGGAGACUGUUGUGUUGCACAGCGUCCCCAUAAUUACGCCUCCCUUUGGUUGUGCUUCUUCAUGAAAGUGAGUUAAAUUAAUUCUCAAAACUGAUCAUGUGGUGAUCUGAAUGUGUUUUAAUAAGAUGUUAACCUUGUAAUAUGUCAACAAGGUGUACGAUCUAGCACUUUUUUUUUUUUUUUUUUGGUUAUCGAGAGAAUAAGUCUGGCCAAGUAAUUCUUGUACUUGUUUUGACAAAAAAAGCAUACCAAGAAAUUAAAGGAAUAUAAUGGGAAAAGGCCAUGCAUGAGAGCUGCCCUAAGUACAAUCUGCAUA